UUCAAAGAUAAGGACCGCCACGAAGAAACGGAAGAAGAAGAAAAAAAAGGAAGAAAAAACAUGGAAGUUCUGCAAAUACUGGGAUUCUCCUUUCUUAUUCUUAUGCUGAGGACACAAGUGUUGUUUGCCGUAAGCUGGGAGGAGUGGUGGACCUACGAUGGAAUAUCAGGUCCAGCUUUUUGGGGUCUUAUCAAUCCAGAAUGGUCACUCUGUAAUAAAGGACGCAGACAAUCUCCAGUUAAUUUAGAACCCCAACGCUUACUCUUUGAUCCUAAUUUAAGACCUUUACACGUCGAUAAACAUAGAAUAAGUGGUUUAAUUUCCAACACCGGGCACAGUGUCAUCUUUACUGCGGGCAAUGAAACCGUUGCGAAUUACGAUGGUUCCCAAAUUCCAGUUAACAUCACAGGUGGACCGCUAUCCUAUCGAUAUCGAUUUCAUGAAAUCCACAUACACUUUGGCCUGCAUGACCAAUUUGGAUCUGAACAUAGUGUCGAAGGAUACACUUUUCCAGCCGAGAUUCAAAUAUUCGGCUACAACUCUCAGCUGUACACAAACUUCUCAGAAGCUUUAAAUCGUGCUCAGGGAAUUGUUGGUGUUGCAGUUCUUCUGCAGCUGGGUGACCUGUCAAACGCUGAACUUCGAAUGCUUACCGAUCAACUGGAAAGAAUUCGAUUUGGUGGCGAUGAAGUGAUAAUAAAACGCCUAUCAAUACGAGGAUUGCUUCCAGAUACCGACCACUACAUGACGUACGAUGGUUCAACGACGGCUCCAGCCUGUCAUGAAACAGUCACGUGGAUAGUUCUCAAUAAACCUAUUUAUAUAACAAAACAGCAGCUACACGCCCUAAGGCGCUUAAUGCAAGGUACCCCAGAUCAUCCGAAAGCACCAUUGGGCAAUAACUAUAGACCGCCGCAACCUCUUUUACAUCGACCGGUUCGGACAAAUAUUGAUUUUAAAACAUCGAAAGUGAACGGCAAAGCGUGUCCUACUAUGUACAGAGAGGUUCACUAUAAAGCAACAAGUUGGAAACAACACUGAAUGCUUAAAACUGUAACUGGAGCUUCCUCUAUAUAAAUCAUUAUAUACAUAUAAAUUUAAAUAAAAUAGAAGAAAAUAAAAAAAAAAAACAAUAACCUACCUUUACAUAUAUAACAAAAAAAAAAAUUAUAUAUACAAUAUUUGCAUUACGUAAAAAAAAAAAACAAAAAAACUAUUAUAUUAUAUUAAAAAAAGCUUUAGUUAAUAAGUUUAAACAAAAAAAUAUGGCCAGGUAAUUUAAAAAGUUGUACAGAUUCUUAAAUGUAUUAAUUUUAAAUUAAAUUUUAAAAAAAUGUAUAACAUUGAAAAGUAAAACAAAAAAUAAUAUUUAUAUAAAUCCCACCCGAAUUGUUCCGGGAGGAACACAAUCAACUAUAAAAUUGAGUAUAUGAGUAUAUCAAAAAAAAAAGAUGAAGAAGAAUAAAUUGUAACUAAGACAAAAAAAAAAAUGGCUAAAAAUCAAUUUAAGUAUAAAUUAUAUAAUGUAAACUGUUUAUAUUUGAUAUCAUAUAAAAGAGACAAAAAAUAAAUAAAAUACAAAAAAAAAAAUAAUAAUCGACUGUUAUAUAAUAUGUAAACAUAGGUAUUUAAUUAAUUAGACAUUAAUAUUUAGAUGCAACAUAUCCCUAAACAAAAAUAAUAAUAAAAAAUAAAAUAAAACUCAUAUUAGACAACAUAUCCUUGGACUGUAUAACAAAUUAUUUCUUA